AUUCCGUACACUCUUUCUCUCUCUAGAGUUUUCCAUAUACUGACUGACUCAGUUUUCUCUCUUUGUUGUUGUGAAUUUUCCUCUGUCUCUAUCUCUAUCUCUAUCUCUAUCUCUUUCUCUCUCUAAAAGUCUUCCGUACUCCCUUAUUAAUUUCUUCUUGAUCUUUGCUUUGUCUACACUUCUCUCUCUCUAUACAUUGUCCCUCUCUCCCCCCCUCUCUCUAACUUUGCCUUUCCUCUGAUCCGGAUAGAUGGAUAGCCCACAUCAAAAGAAGACUAGCCCAUCAGGCCCCGAGAAUCAUGGGGUUUAUCUAUGUCACAGAUGUGGGUGGCCUUUUCCCAACCCACAUCCUAGUGCCAGACACAGGCGAGCCCACAAGAGGAUCUGUGGAACUGUUGAAGGCUAUAAGCUGACUGACUCGGAAGGACAUGCACAUUUGGCUGUUUCUGAUGAUGAACACUCCGAUGAAGACAGGCAUAACUCAGGUCCAAACAUGGAGAAGAGUAGUAGUGGUAAACAGUUCACUAGUGGUGGAGUUGGUGAAAGAUCAAACAGAUCAGAAGAUGAUUUUUUCUCGGAUGCUGUUGCUGAUUUUUCAGAUAGUGGGUCUAAUUCAGGAUUUGAAGGGCAUUUGGAGGGUGUUAGAGAAUUGGAUAAGAAUGUGGAAAAGAUUGUGGAUGGUGAUCUCGACAGCAGCCAAUCUCCAAAGGUCAAUGCAAAUGCUGAUGCAGAUACUGCACAUCCACCUAACAGUCCUACAGACACCUGCCAAGUGAAAAAAAAUCCUGAGGUUCUUGAAGGAGCAACCAACCAGUUGGGGGAUACCACAACAGUCCAACAAGCUGUAUCAAGCUGCAGUGAUUCAAUGGAGAAUGAUGUAAAAGGAAAUGAAGAAAGUGAUGUUGAUAAGAUCUUCUUGGAUGAUGUCGCCUUCUCUUCCAUUAACGCUGCAAGCAAAGCAUCUGAAGCGGAUUCUAAGUUACUAGUGAUGGUUGAAAAAACUUCAGAUCCUGUAAUAGCGGAUGGAAUCGUACAACCAAAGAAAGAUCAAAGUGACGGGUUGGAACCUAAGAUAUCCAAAGAUGAUUCUGGUGAAGCUGAAUCUGUUGAACACACGGAAGCUUUUGGUAAUACUGUUCAAUUUGAAGAAGUUUCUAGGCAGGACAGAGAUUUUGGUAUGCAUGGUCAUUUGGUUGAGGUUUGCAACACAAAAGAAGAACGAAAUGAAGAUAUGCAUGUGCUUUUGGUGGCCAAUGAUUUAGCUUUAGUUGAUAACCCCGAGAUCAUGAUUGAAGAUUUUAAAGACCAUAAUGGAGUGAAACCGAAUAUUCCUCUAACCCUAGGCUCUGGUGAAGUAACUAAAUCUCUCGAGGAUGGUAAUAAAGAUACUGUUUGUGAGAGUGAUUCCAGUUCUUAUUCAAGUAAGCCGGGUGAAAGAUCUAACAUCUCUUCUGCAGAUAUGAAUGGUUUGGAAGAGAACCCUAAACAGGAAGAUGGAGGCAACCAUCAUACAAUUGAAGUGCCUGGUGAAGGUAAAGCAGAUAUUUUGAAAGUCGAGGUCAUGAGCAGUGACGACGUUGGAUCCAGCGGUGUAGAAGAUCCUCUAGGUACAAUCAGGACCGAAGCAGAUAAAAUUCAAACAAAUCACUGCCUUGAAGGACUGCACCCUCAAUAUUCUUACUGUGAUUCAUCAAGGAAUAUUCCUUUAGAAUCCAACAAAACAGAUCUCUCUGAUACGAUUGAUACGGUAGCUCCCGUGGAUGGAACCAACUUAAGUGUGAAGAAACCUCCUGAAUUUCUGGACAAUAUAUCGACAUCAGAAGAUCAAGUAUUCAACUCACUUGGGCAAGAUGACAGUGGCAGUCGUGAAAUGACUGGAAAUGAAUUUUUUGAUAUAUCCGGGAGUGGAAGCAGAGAGGCAAUGGCAGAGAAAAAAUGUGCAAUGAAUUUAAAAACGUGCCUUGAAUCUGAAAGUCAGUUCUCUGAAUCCCAAGAUGUUACAGAUGAUGGAGUGGCUAAAUUUGCGAGGAACUUUCAAGAAGCUGAAUCUAAUUAUUUUGAUAGAGUUUCGGAUUCAAGUAAAGAUGGUAUUGGUACAACUGACUUGGGAAAUGAUGAAGAUUGUAAAGCCAUAAAGAAACUCGAAAGUAAUGACAGUGAAGUGCCAGUGGAAAGUGUUGGUGCAGUUAAUACAGCUGAUGAAUUAAACUGUGCUGGUGAUGUUGAAGUACUACACAGAAAUUCAGGGGACUUCAAUUUGAAAGAACCAGAAGCUUUGCCUGUAGAUUCUGAAUUCAUUACUAAAAGUUUUGACAAUGUUGAAGAUAACCAGGGCAGGAACGCUGAUGGGGCUGAUUCUGGUGUUAGCUCUGAUAUUUUGGGAGAUGGUGACAACAACCUCCCCAAGCAACAUGUUGGUGUUUCUGCAGUUGAUAUCUUAGUUGCUUCAAGUUGUCAAGCUGAUAACAAUGUUGAAGAUAAUCAGGGCAGGAACACUGGUGGGGGUGAUUCUGGUGUUAGCUCUGAUAUUUUGGGAGAUGGUGACAACAACCUCACCAAGCAACAUGGUGGUGUUUCUGCAGUUGAUAUCUCAGUUGAUUCAAGGAGUCAAACUGAUAGGUUGGAAGCCAUAAAGAAACUCGAAAAUAAUGAUGACAGUGAAGUACCAGUGGAAUGUGUUGGUGCAGUUAGUACAGCUGCUGAAUUAAAUCGUGCUGGUGAUAUUGAAGUACUACACAGAAAUUCAGGGGACUUCAAUUUGAAAGAACCAGAAGCUUUGCCUGUAGAUUCUGAAUUCAUUACUAAAAGUUUUGACAAUGUUGAAGAUAACCAGGGCAGGAACGCUGGUGGGGGUGAUUCUGGUGUUAGCUCUGAUAUUUUGGGAGAUGGUGACAACAACCUCCCCAAGCAACAUGUCGGUGUUUCUGCAGUUGAUAUCUCAGUUGCUUCAAGUAGUCAAGCUGAUAACAAUGUCGAAGAUAAUCAGGGCAGGAACACUGGUGGGGGUGAUUCUGGUGUUAGCUCUGAUAUUUUGGGAGAUGGUGACAACAACCUCUCCAAGCAACAUGGUGGUGUUUCUGCAGUUGAUAUCUCAGUUGAUUCAAGGAGUCAAACUGAUAGUUUGGAAGCCAUAAAGAAACUCGAAAAUAAUGAUGACAGUGAAGUACCAGUGGAAUGUGUCGGUGCAGUUAGUACAGCUGCUGAAUUAAAUCGUGCUGGUGAUAUUGAAGUACUACACAGAAAUUCACGGGACUUCAAUUUAAAAGAACGAGAACCUUUGCCUGUAGAUUCUGAAUUCAUUACUAAAAGUUCUGACAAUGUUGAAGAUAAUCAGGGCAGGAACGCCAGUGGGGGUGCUUCUGGUGUUAGUUCUGAUCUUCUGGGAGAAGGUGACGACAACCUCACCAAGCAACAUGUUGGUGUUUCUGCACUUGAUAUCUCAGUUGAUUCAAGUAGUCAAACUGAUAGUUUGGAAGGUAACUGGGGUUCUGUUUCAGUGCUUUCAAUUCAGUCAGAUGCACCGGCUGCUGUUGACGCUGAAGCUUUACGAUCAGAAAAAGGCAACCUGGAAAAGCCAAAACCUGCAUCCAAGGGACACCAUUCUGAAAAUUCAGAUGCUUUUGAGGCUCCAUCAUUUAUGACAUUGGUUGAAUCUGGAAGUGAGAUUGACCAGAAGGUUGCUUCAUCCGAAAUCCACUUACAGGACGCUCAACGGUCGAGAUCUGAAGCUUUACAAGCUGGGUGGUUUCCAUCUCUCACUAAUGUCGUGAACGACUCACAAGGGAGAAAGAAAAAUGAAGAGAUCAUCGCUAAGGUAACAAACUGGAGCACAGGGAAACAGCACAUUCCUCUGAAAAACCUACUGGGUGAAGCUAACCAUGAAACGAAACCAAAGUCACCAAACACGAGACCAAGUCCCACUGUGAUUCAGAAUGAUGAAACUGCAGCAAGGAAUAACGGAGUCUCAGCCCCAAAGCCCACAACAGUGCACACAAUCCUGCGUCCUGAAGCGUCAACUGAUCGGGCUGCAGGGAAGGCAUGGAACUCUCCAGCGAGGUAUCCAACUGACAAUAAGAAAGAGAAGAGGAAAAUAAAGGGAAAACCAUACUGGGUUCCAUUUGUAUGCUGUUCUUCAGUUAAUUAGCGGGAAUGUAACACCUUGGUUACUUUUGUAGAGAUAUUGAUAUUGAUAGUUGUGCAAUCUUAGUAGACUAUUAUCAGUGAAGAUUGCACAGGUGUGCUGUGGUGAUUGUGGAUCCAAAUAUAAAAUAGUUGUGUAAUAUUAGUGUCAAGUGCUAGAGUUUAGAGUUUAGUUACAUUAAUUCGUUAAUAAAUUAGUAUUUAGUUCAAGUCA